GCGUAUGUAGGUAGUUACACUAUUAUUGUUUAAAUACCGAUUAAUUUUUAAUAAUAUUUAUUCUAAUAUUCUAGAUUAACAAUAUUAUUAUUAGUUUUCGUUGUUUAUUGUUUUUAUUUUUUGGAAAUUAUCUACAUUUUUAUUACUUUAGUAUGUCAAACUAAUUGUCUCAUUUUUAAAAUGUUAAAUACUGAUAAUAUUAAUCAGGUUAGAACAGUAAGAAGAUGAAGUUGUUUGUCCCUACGGUGCAGUGGAUGUGAACUACAACUAACCAUGUAUUCCGAUGACACUGUGUAUGUUGGCUUAUUGGUCUUAUCAUUUUUAUUUAGCUUUUUAUUUAGAAAAGUUAAACACAAAAAUGUGAAACAAUGGAUGUCAACUAUUUAUGGAGCAAUAAUUGUACUAACAGUUUCUGGCUUACAUAUAGUCCAUCCGAUAAUUUGCACACUAGUCAAUUCCAUUUUGAUACAAAUUGAUAAAAGGCGUUGUCAUAUAUUAAGUUUCUUAUUUACAUUUGGAUAUUUAAUAUUCUUUCGGAUGACAACAUAUUUUGGAAUACCAUACCCACCAGCUCAUACUAACUUAAUACAAAUGAUGCUUACUCUAAAGCUUGUUGGCCUUUCGUUUGAAGUCCACGACAGUUAUCUAAUCAAAUUGAAACAAAAGGAUGCAAAAUGUGAUGCUGAAAAAAAAUUUAAAACGAUUUGUCAACCUAGUAUUCUAGAAGUAUUUCAUUAUGCAUUUUGUUAUGUAGGAAUUUUAACAGGACCCUAUUUUAAGUAUCGUACUUAUUGGGAUUUAUUCAAUCAUAAUUACUGGAGAAAAGCUACUUAUAUUAAUUUACUAAUUAAAAAAAUACGUAUAAUCCCAACUUUAAUAAUUUGUCAUUUGGCAACUUCGUGGAUAUUUCCAUUGAGUGAAUUCAAGAAUGACUCUUUUUAUACAUCAACAUCAUUAUCAUACAGAUUGUGGUAUAUGUACUCUUCAUUUUUUAUUUUUCGCACAAGAUUAUAUUUGGGCUUUAUUUUCUCUGAGCUUAUUUGUAUAGCUUCUGGAAUGGGUGCUUAUCCUGAAGUGACAGAUCCACAGUCUGGAAGUGGUCCAACUAGAAAUUUUGAAUCAUUAGAAACAGAAUAUUCUGUAAAAGAAGAGGUUUACAAUUUUGAUUGUAUUGAAAGUAUUGAUAUUAUGAAAGUAGAAACUAUUUCUACAGUCCGUGGAGCUACGAGAAUUUGGAAUAUGACAAUACAGUAUUGGAUUGCUGAAUAUGUGUAUAGAAGAAUUCCUGUUAAAAAACUUAGAACAUUGGUAGCAUUUGGUAUUUCUGCACUGUGGCAUGGCAUAUACACAGGCUAUUAUGUUAGUUUGUGUUCAGUGCCUUUUUACUUAGCAGUGGAAGAUAUUUAUGAUAGACAGUACCGUAACUAUGCUGACUCUGCUGGCAAACGUAUAUUGUGGACUUUCUUUUUAUACACUAUGAAAAUGUAUCAGUUUUCAUUUUGGGGAUGCACAUUUCAACUUCUACAUAUCGACCUCAUAUUUAAAUACUGCCAAUCUAUAUAUUUUCUCCCAUAUAUUGUUUUGAUAACUAUGUAUGCCAUUUCUCGAUUUAACAACUUACGGACUAGUUGACCAAAUAAAACUAUUUGGCCUGUUGCAGUCAACAUCAGAGAAUUCCUCUAAGGGACUUUGAGUCUGUUAUGUUAUGUUUUGUUUUGUUUUGGUAAAGUAUACCAUAAUUUUAAAAUUAAUGUAUAAGUUGUAUAUUUUUCUUAUAUCUAUUUGGCCCUUUACACCAAUGGGUCUAUAUGAAAAGAAAAUACUGCCUUUCCGCCUUUAUAUGAAAGACAUUUGGAAUAAUAUUUUAUACGAUCUAUAAAAGCAUUUUUAAUUGCUACUUGUAGUACGUUUAAUUCAUAGUUAAGUGUAAAUACACAAGAUAUUCCCUUGGUUAAAAAAUAUAAAUACUUUUAAUUAUUAAUUAUUUGACAAUAUUAACUAUUGUUAUGUGAAGGAAUAUAACUGUUUAAAAUAAAUAAUUAUAUUAGCUUAAUGUAUUAAACUAAUAAUUGUGGAUAAAUAAUAUUAGUGAAUAAUAUUUUAUGUGUGUUGUGUAAGACAUACGUGCUGAUAUUAGAUUAAAAUUCAUCUGAUUACGCUUCUAAACACAAAUGUAUUCCCUUAUGACUUAUACAAAGUUUAUGUAUAUAAAAAUUUAAUAAUAUUUGACAAAUAAUUAAAAAUAUGAACAGUUUUCUUAUACCUAAACCAUUUUAUUUAUUUUUACAAAAUUUAUUUAUAGAGUGUUUAUUUUAUAUCAUUAAUAUGUGUAAUAUUUUACAUAAGUUUAUAAUAUACAUUUUAAAUAAAAUGUCAAUAUGUAAAGUAAAAUUUACUUAAUUUAUUAAAUUUUUAUAUUAAAAUAUCGAGUUUAAUAUGACUUUUUAUGAUCUAAAAAAAUAGAAGCUUUUAUAUAAUUUGUUUUUAUCAUUAAACAAACAAUUUUAUCAAUUUAAAUUCAUAUUAAAUAUAUUUUUUAAUCAUAAGUAUUAAUUUAAUAUUUUGUGCCAUAUUGUUCUUUAUUAAGAAAUAUUUAAACUUCCAACUAACAUCCUUAAAUAUAUUUGUUCUUUUGUAUUGUUAGAAAAAAUAUACCUAUAUCUAAAAGUUAAGACACAUAAUACACGCAUAAUUAUUAUAUUUAGUUAAAAUUGGCCAUCCUCGUCUAAGUUAUAGGCAUUUAUAAUUUAAGUAUAAUGUACAUUUGUAUGCUUUUGUAUAACAACUGUGUGUACUAAAUGUACAUAAUUUAUUAUAUUUAAGUUAAAUAUAAAAAUAAAUGUAACUUUGAGUUAUCGUAAAUAACUGUUUUGUAUAAUAUUUUUUUUUAUGUUUUGAGUUACAUAUAAUUGACUAUUUAAUUAAUUGUUUCAACCAAUUUUUUUUUUUUAUUUUAUAAAAUGUCUCUUUGAGAAUCUUAAUAAAUGAAUAAAUGUUUGGUUGUUAAUUAUUAUUUUUUGCUAAGCAUUACAGUAUAUAUUUUAAUUGUUGGUUGAAAUAAAUAAUUAAAAACAAUUUUAACAUUUUUGUAAUGUUAAAGUAUUAAUUAAACGUUCCAACAC